AUGAUCACCCGCACCCUCUUGGCAACGCUGCUGGCACUGCCGCUCGCCAGAUGCCGCCUCGCUGCUGUCUGGUCCUCCGACAUCGGCUCCGGAGGCGGAGGGCCGCCCGUCUCGUCGCUCUGGACGCUCACGCAGCGAGUCUCAAUCGGCAACGUCAAAACCAAGGCGGUGGUGGAGUAUGACCCGGAGGUGCUCCUGUCGGGACCAAAGUCUGCCUCGCUGAGCGGCGCGGUCGGCGAAGGCCUCGGCUACAAGGCCAAGCGCGACUUCAAGGCCAAGAAGACGGCACUCACGCUGCAGGCGGACGUGCCGACCGGCAUCGUGUCUGCAGACUUUUCCGGCCCCACGCUCCCCUCGGCGCUCAGCAAGAUCAGCGCCAGCGCCUCAGUUGCCGCAGCGGGCGGUGUCAAGAUUGCAGCCGAGCCCAGCCUGCUCGUCAAGGCCAAGACCGCCUCGGUCAAGCUGAGUGCGGCGGUGGCAGGCGCGGCGCUGGGUGCCGAGGUGUGGCCGUCGGAGCAGCGCGUGACGGGCGCGACGGCGUCCUACAAGGUGCCGCUCUCCUCAGGCCGCUCGGUCGGGCUGACGGCCCAGCUGCAGCAGCGGGCCCUCGACGUGAAGUACGUCGACUCGGCCUCCGACCCGGCCGGUGUGUGGACCGCCUCCGCGACUAUCGAUGCGGCGAGCCCUCUCGCCAAGCCGAAGGCCAAGCUUGCGCGUUCCUUCACCCUCUGAGGAGCGAGAGGCUCAGAGGCUGUCGCUUCUGUGCGCCGGCUGCGGCGAUAUGUUGCGAUAACCCAUCUCCUAGUGAAGGUGCUCGUUAUAUUUAUUUAUUUAUCAUGAAAUGCGCGAA